AAGUAGGUCGCGCCCACUGAAAAUGCCUUUAAGGGACAAAUACUGUCAGACUGACCACCAUCACCACGGAUGCUGUGAACCAGUUUAUAUCCUGGAACCUGGAGAUCCUCCUUUGCUACAGCAACCACUACAGACAUCCAAAUCUGGCAUUCAGCAAAUAAUUGAGUGCUUUCGAUCAGGAACUAAACAACUUAAACAUAUCUUAUUAAAAGAUGUGGACACUAUUUUUGAAUGUAAAUUAUGCCGAAGUCUCUUCAGAGGAUUACCAAAUUUAAUUACCCAUAAAAAAUUCUACUGUCCACCAAGUCUUCAGAUGGAUGACAACCUUCCUGAUGUAAAUGAUAAGCAAAGCCAAGCCAUAAACGAUCUCCUAGAAGCCAUAUAUCCCAAUGUGGAUAAACGAGAAUAUAUUAUUAGGCUAGAACCCAUAGAAACCAAUCAGAAUGCAGUGUUUCAAUAUAUUUCAAGGACCGAUAAUCCUGCUGAAGUCCAAGAGGCAAGCAGUACUCCUGAACAGACGGAGGUUCAGGUCCAGGAAACCAGCACUGAACAGUCUAAAACAGCACCAGUUCCGGACCCAGAAGUGGAAACAGUGGAGCCCCCUCCUGUUGAGAUCAUUGCAGAUGAAAUUACACCUCCACCUGAUGAACCACCUCAGGAGUCUCCAGCUGACUUGGAAACUUCUGACAGUUCUGAUUUUGGCCACCAGUUGAUAUGCUGUCUCUGUAGAAAAGAAUUUAAUUCCAGACGAGGUGUUCGUCGUCAUAUUCGCAAAGUCCACAAGAAAAAAAUGGAAGAACUAAAAAAAUACAUCGAAACACGAAAGAACCCAAACCAGUCCUCUAAAGGACGCAGUAAGAAUGUUCUAGUUCCAUUGAGUCGGAGUUGUCCAGUGUGCUGUAAAUCAUUUGCUACAAAAGCAAAUGUAAGGAGGCAUUUUGAUGAAGUUCAUCGAGGACUAAGGAGGGAUUCAAUUACUCCUGAUAUAGCAACAAAGCCUGGGCAACCUUUGUUCCUGGAUUCUGCUUCUCCUAAAAAAUCUUUUCAGACUCGAAAACAGAAGUCGUCUUCAAAGACUGAAUACAAUUUAACUGCAUGCAAAUGCCUCCUUUGCAAGAGGAAAUAUAGUUCACAAAUAAUGCUUAAAAGACAUAUGCAAAUUGUACACAAGAUAACUCUUUCUGGAACAAACUCUAAAAGAGAGAAAGGCCCUAAUAAUACUGCCAACAGUACAGAAAUAAACGUUAAAUUUGAACCAGCAGAGUCUGUAGAAUCUUCACCCCCUUCUAUUACCCAUUCUCCACAGAAAGAAUUAAGGGGAACAAAUCAUUCAAAUGAAAAAAGGAGCACACCGGCAGCACAGAAAAAUAAAGUUAGGCAAGACUCUGAAAGCCCUAAAUCAGCUAGUCCGCCUGCUGCAGGUGGCCCGCCGAAAACCAGGAAACCAAAACUUUCAGCUGGCUUUGACUUUAAGCAACUUUACUGUAAACUCUGUAAACGCCAGUUUACUUCCAAACAGAACUUGACGAAACACAUUGAGUUGCACACAGAUGGAAAUAACAUUUAUGUUAAAUUCUACAAGUGUCCUCUUUGCACUUACGAAACCCGUCGAAAGCGUGACGUGAUUCGACAUAUAACUGUGGUUCAUAAAAAGUCUUCCCGCUACCUUGGGAAGAUAACGGCCAGUUUAGAGAUCAGAGCUAUAAAAAAGCCCAUUGAUUUUGUUCUCAAUAAAGUGGCAAAAAGAGGCCCUUCGAGGGAUGAAGCAAAACACAGUGAUUCAAAACAUGAUGGCACUUCUAACUCUCCUAGUAAAAAAUACGAAGUAGCUGACGUCGGCAUCGAAGUCAAAGUCACAAAAAACUUCUCUCUUCACAGAUGCAAUAAGUGUGGAAAGGCAUUUGCCAAAAAGACUUACCUUGAACAUCAUAAGAAAACUCAUAAGGCAAAUGCUUCCAACUCACCUGAAGGAAACAAAACCAAAGGCCGAAAUACAAGAUCUAAGGCUCUUGUCUGGUGAGGAACAGUUACAGAGUUUUGCUUCCCACCCCCACCCCCCACCCCAUCAAACUUUUUAGUCAUUUUGACCAUAAUUUAUAGAUGGUUCCAUUUUAACCCAUGUUUGCUUCCACAUAUGACAAUGGGAACGGCAAGAGCAAGGGGCAGAGUGCACCUGUCUCUUGUGACCCUUAUUUCAGUGGCUUGGGAACAAACGUUAACUUCAGAACUUACUUCCACAGGAUAGUGCAGUCUAGUUCUAGGUAGAUGGCACAAGGUCAGUGGUUGCCCCUUCAAUAUUGUGAAAUAGAUGCACAUUUGCAUUGGCUUAUGUUUACAGUUAGUCGUUGUUUAACUGUUCGCACAGGUUUAAUUUGGUUCAGCAACUUAGGCUACUAAUGAAUGCAUCUUAGGGAAGUUAAAUAGAAGGAAUCUGUGAAGGCGAUAAUUAUAGGAGAUAUCUUUGGAGGCACUGUAAUUAUUGUAAAAAUUAGUCUGUGAUGGCUAAAUAAAGUGCUGUGCUCGGAAAAAAAAUCCCCAAAUUGAUGUUAGAUGAUGAGCAUUAUUAUUAUUUAUGUUGACCAUAGUGCUUCCAGGAAAAGGGGGAAAUGUGAUAAGUACCCCCACCUCCCGCCCCUUUCUUCUUGGGAGUAUGUGUUAGUUACUUCUUUUUUUUUUUAACUUCUUUAGUUCUUACCUGGAAAAAAAAAAAAAAAGGAUAUUUAGGAGGUCCCAAAUCCUCUUUCUUUUUGUUUAAAUAAACUUCUUGGUGACCGUUUCAGCACAGCUAAUACUAUGAAGUGGUACUUUCUUGGUGGUGGUUGUUGCAACAAAAGUAUAAUCCCUACAGGGAAGAAAGAAAAAUGAUAUUUUUUAGAAGGUUUUGGAACAAUUGUAGACUUAAAAAAAAUGAGAUCUAAGAUAAGGAGCAAGUUCUUUACACUUGUUAUUGCAAAUUUCAUAUAUAUCUUUAAAGUUUACCUUCAAUACCUGUCCCCUGUAUUAAGAUAUGUAGUAUCUAAAUGAGUAUUAACUUAGUUUUUGGAUUCUGGUUCUAAAGCAGAGUAUUUAUAGUGUGACUACUGUGUAAGUUAAAUGCUGUGAUUCGAUAAUCACAUAUUUUUUUAUUUGUGUGGAAAACUUGAGGUGAGAUCAUCUUUUAGAAGUCACUAUUGUAUAACUUUGAAAACAAGACAUUAUUAGUAAACUGAAAAGUGUUCAUUUAUUCCCAUUUCUCCUCAGAUAACUUCAAGUGAUGUACGAAAGGUUUGGAGUUCAUUUUUGUGGAAAGACUUUAAAUUGGUGUUAGCACCACUAAACAUCUUCAGAUGGUACUAUGAGGAAAAAGAGAGAACCAUUUUCAUAAGCAUUCAACUGUAACUGCUGUUUUCUGACUAAAUUAAUAACCAUCUGACCACUUGUCUCUCAGGCCCUCCCUGCCUCCUCCAGCACUUUCACGUAACUGGGACAUUACAUUUCGUCAUCACAGUCUGUCGGCUAACUAUUCUUGACCUUGUGCAUUUGGCCUACUGUUUCUAACAAAAAUUUUGCCAAUUUUGUUUUUCAAAUAGUUUGUUGAAGAAAAGAUCACCUCUGGUGAUUUUUAAUUGACAUAGACUUUUUAUCAUAGGGAAUUUAGCGUUGUUCUACUUUAUUUGGCAGCAUUUUCAUCUGGAAUGUACAGAUAUAUACAUAUAUAUUUUUUUCUAGUUAGUAUAUGAUAAGAGCAAAAGGCAAAAAGUCUCAACACAUUAUGAAUAUUUAGUUUACUAAAUAUUUGUAAUUAUUUUCACAUCCAUUUAUUCCUAACUUAUUCUCCAGCACUUAAGUGUUUGAAAGUUACAUUGUAGAAAAGAUGCUCUAAGAAAUUUCCAGUUCAUUGUCAUGUAUGGGUUACUACUACCUAUUCAUUUGUUAAUAUCUGAGGUUUUUGUGGAAAUUAAACAUUCCCCUAUUUUUCUUUAAGUUUUAUACACAAGCACUUUAAUGAUAGAUGGCAACUUAAUUUUUCCAGUUUCUUUUUUUUUUUAAGGCCAUACAUUUACUAAUGUUAAUAUGAAGGUAAUAGAUACCUUAGUGAUGUUUUUAUAGAUACAGACAAUCCAUGCACAACCACUUCUAAUAUGCUAGUUUAUUUCUUUAAAUAUUGCCUGAAAAGAAAAAGAUAGGGAUAGAAACCUUGAUUUUUUUUUUUUCUUUUCCCUUCCCAAGAAAAAUCUUAAAUGACCACUUUAGGUAAUAUUUGAUUCCUACUGUAAACCUUGGAGAAUAAUGAAUUCUUGUCCAUUUUUGUAAUCAAGAUUUUAGGAGAAACAGAAGUACAUUUAUCUUUAUGAAAUUUGGGGCAGGCUUUUUGUGUAUUAACAUUUUGUACUUUUUAGGGACUAUUUUAUUUUUUAGUAAUUUGUGUCAAAUUAUAAUUUUUAAAGGUACAACAAAAUAUACCAUGUUUUUAUAUAGGUUCAUACCUGUAUCUAGGGGGCACUCUGUCCAUCUAUAUACUUUUUGUAUACGAUUUUAAAAUGUUGGAGCUCCACAAGGUCAUAAUAAAAUGCUUCUCGAGCUAGAAAAACAUUUACCCUUCCUAGUGCUUUGCACUAAAAUAUACUGUGAAAGGAAACUAGAAGGCCUGCAACUGUUGCUGGAAAUGUUCUAUACUGAAUGUACAUGCUCUUGUUGGAAAAUGUAUGUGACGGAAAUAAACCAGACUCGAAGUUACUUCAGCUCAAUGGGCUUCAGCAAAGGUGCAUUGGUUGAAACUUAAAUGUUUUAUUAUCAAAUUUAAACUUAUUCAGUGAUUCUGAGCAGCUACACUUGAAUUAUAUUCUGAUAGUUUUAUUUUUAAGAAUUAGAGUAAUAAUUUCUCUUUAAUUUAAAAGCAGAUUUACUUUUCCACAUAUGGAAAACUUGUACUUAUAGGUCUUAACUUUAAUGACUAAUAGCAUAAUAUAUUUAGGGAACUAAAUGUGUAGGUGGUAUUUCAUUUAUAAACCAUCUUCAUCAGUUGCACAUUAUUAAACCUGUAUGUUUGACUUUU